AUGGCACAGCCUGAAACACAGCAAGAGGAGCCACCUAAGCCUCUGAAAAAGGUUUUAAGAGAGUUCUUGGUACCCUGUGCGCAGCACAACAAAGACAAGCGAUUUAUACCGCGUCGACAGCUGGAAACAACAUGCAAUAUAAGAGCGGUACGGCGAGAAUUAAAAAGGGUGUAUCCUAGAAGUGACCCUAACUUUUGCGAACAACUCGCAUCGCUGAUAUGUCACGGCCAAACUCGAAACUCAUCCGCCAUCUCUAAAUCCUAUUUCAACAUAUUCGCCAUUCUUGCUCUUGUUAAUGAAUCUAAGCUUAUAGACUUCUUUCGGAAGCAUUCAUUAUGCGACGACGACCUUCCAUUUCACUGCACUUCUGAUUUUGCAAAGAUGUGGCCAAAUAACAAGAAAGAGAAAGACUAUAUACAGUUUCCUGAUGGAGUUGAUGAUGAAUUCAUUGAGGCCUUUGCUAGAGAGCAAUGGUCAGUUCUGGUGCCAUCCUUUGAGUCUCCGAAAUCAAAUUCUUUGCGCUGUAACUUUUAUGAGUUCAAUGAUAAGGCCAUAUUACCUAUCAUCAACAUCUCAAAGAACAAGCACACGGGUGGUUUUGGAGUCGUUGAAAGGGUACAGUUACACGAGGACCAUCAUGAGUUUGUGCAUUCACGAUUUGCCCUGAAAACUAUUCAUUCCAUGAUGCCGUUUGAUCUGAAGAGUACAUUGUUUCAGCAAGAACUGAAGGCUUUUCAACAAGCCAAACCAGGCAGUCAUCUUAUAGAUGUCUGUGCCGCUUUCAAAAAAGGAGAGAACUACAGCUUUCUAUUCCCGUGGGCAGAUGGAGGCACCCUCAACCAUUUGUGGACUAAAGAUCCGCAGACCAUUGUUGUAAAUAAAAAAGUCAAAUGGUCGGAAUUUAGCCGGUGGCUUUGCAAGCAAUGCCAUGGCAUUAUUCGAGAUCUCCGAGCUAUCCAUGAACCGCACGACACAGCCCAAGCAAAGGAUAAAGCUGCUGAUGAUGAUGAUCUCUAUGGCAUUCACAGCGACAUCAAACCAGACAACAUCUUACACUUUACCGACGAUGGCACGCUAUUGGGAAUUCUCAAGGUUUCAGACCUAGGCCUUAUGAAAUUCCACCGGCUCAUUUCCCGAACGGUGCAAUCCAAGUCUAUGGGCGCCGCCUAUCAAACUUACAGAGCACCGGAACAUGAUAUGAACAUGAUUCGAUCAAGAAAAGUUGACAUAUGGGCAUUUGGUUGCCUCUUUGCCGAGUUCCUUACGUGGGCGAUUGCGGGCCAAGGCGGGAUCGACCAUUUCAAAAACAUGCGAGUGGACGAAGACAAACACUUCCCUGAUCCCAAGAAGGGUGAAUGGUUUGAAGACCACUUCUUCACAAUGAGGACCGGGCAACCGAAACGCAAAGAUUCUGUUGCAGAGUGGUUUGCACACCUGAGUGAAGACUUGGGUAAAGAUACAUUCUUCCCACAAUUUCUCAAUUUUAUCCAAAACUCAAUGCUUCAUCCUGAUAGAAACUCUCGAGUGGACUGUAAGGAUGUUGAAAAGUUUUUGGAGAGAUGCUUGGGGAAUAACGUCAACAGCUCAUAUUGGCUCUUUGACGGAAGCUUGACGGCACAAUACGUCCUCAGUAGGAGCUCGACAGAGUCGAGCUCUUGGUCGCAAGACUAG